AUGACCGCGGCAGUUCGUCGCAGAAAUGAGGACGACAACGAGGACGACAACGAGGAUGGCCCGAAAAUGAUCCAUCCCGGACUUGAGACCGAAACGUCCGAUCCGGGACCCGCCAGGCAAUACUGCACGCAGGCCUGCUUGUUGAGCCUCAAGAGAGGCUGGGAUCUCGACGGCAAUUGCCCCAACGCGCCCUCGCAUCGCACCACCGAAGGCGGUAUCCGACACCCCAUCGACGCUGGCGAGUUCACCCGCCUGGUGGGCGAGCGGCUGCGCCGGAAUACUUAUCGAAACUACAAGGCGCUGGACGGCCAGGGCAAGGUUGGGGCGACUGGGUUGCUCUUCAAGUUAGAGCUGGCGUCGUAUGGCUACUCAUUCGUCGGCAAGGGAACGCUGUCGGAUCAUCUAUACCGCCUGGAGCACGAGAGCCGUAUCUACGCGCAUCUCGACAAGCUCCAGGGCGAGGUGGUGCCGGUCCACUUUGACAUCGUCCGACUGGCUAGGAGUUACGUCCUCCCUGGCGGGGUAAGGGUCGUCCACAUGAUGCUAAUGUCGUGGGGCGGCGAAGUGGCCGUGGAGGUGGGGGUGCCGGACCUAGCGGCUGAGGUGAAGCGUUCUUCGCAGGCCGUCUGGGCCGAGGGUGUCGACCACGGUGACGAGCGCGAACCCAACCUGCUUUGGAACGACGAGCGCCACCGCGUCAUGCUCGUCGACUUCGACCGCGCCAACCUCAUCCCAGCUCCCAAACACAAGCAGCUAUUCCAGUUAUCCCGGGAUAAGAGGAAGCGGCAGAGAGACGGGUUUGGAGCUCGUAGCAGGAAACGUGGCUUGCUACGAGAUCAUUUGCAAGUUGUGGAAUAG